AUGUGGAAAGCACCACCCCCGCCGGGGGCUAUUUUUGCGCCACAGCCAUCAGCGCCUGCUGAGACAAGCGUGUCGACGACGUCGUACACCGAGUCCUCCUACAGCUACAGCUACACUGAAACAGAUUCCCCUACGGAGACGGAGAAGGAGACGGCAAAGAUCGUGUUGCAGACAGGGCAGCAGCUGUUGCCGACGCGCCCAGAUUUACCACCACGCGUGCCGCAAAUACCACGGCGGCCCAUACCACCUCAAGUCACUCAAGUGCGCUCUUCUGAAACGGCGAGAGGAAAAUCAACCAAUACUGUGAGUGCCUCAUCUGACAGCUAUGGCGACAGCGAGGAGUAUAGUUAUAGUUACAGCUAUAGCGACGAGGAAGACGAGGCAAGUAAUGGUGACAGUUAUUCUGUCUCUAGCGAUGGUUACAGCUACAGCACAGUAUCAACAAAAAGGGGCAAAUAUAAAACAAUACGGGACGAACGGUGGAAUAAAAAUGAAGUUGUGAGGCCAGUGGAAUCAUCCUCGUCCUACACCUACUCAGGAAGUCCCUUAACGGGAGAUGGACGGGACGUGGACUCCACAACGCAUAUUUCUUCUUACGGCGGUUCGACGUCGGGAUCUUACAGCAGCAGCUACUCCUAUUCAGGUGUGACGGGAAGCAGGGACAGCAACAGUAGCUCCAUCACUGGGAGCACCACGUCACAGACACCGACAUCAGGUACAACAGGAGGUUCACAAACUAUCACGGGCUCAUCCACAGGAACGGAGAGCAGCAGUGCGAGAGACAGACGGAAAGUCGUUGGAAGCGAUGGAUCCCAGAGUUAUUCGUAUUCCUACACAGGCGAGGAAAUGGAAGAGCUUUCACCUAUACAGCGCCAAGCUUUUUCGUCCACUACAACGCUGGAGGAGGAUGAAUCGAAAUUAACUCGAAGUACCACACAAGCAGGAGAAGGUAGUUCCUCUGGGUCCUCACGGCUCAAGCCCGCGAAGGUACAUGCACCGCCUCAGUAUCAUGGUGUGGGCGAAGCAACACAGACCACAGAGUCAACGACUUCUCUGAUAACUGGAAGUAGUACGAAUAGUUUGUUGAAAACAUCAAGUGAACUUGACCACGCUGAUGCAACGUCGACGUAUUCAGUGGAAAAGGACAUUCUUAGUGAGAGGACAGGGUUGAAUGAUGUGCCGCAGUCAAUGCUACUAACGCAGAUUCGUGAGGUGGUUUUGCUGACUACACCACCGGAGGAGGCACCACAAUUCCGUGAUUUGCCACAUGCUUGCCUGGUGCCCCGUGGCUCGGCCAACGACACGCUUUUGCAUUUCCUUGAACAACUGUUGGAAGUUCAGAGAAACUCUUUGCAAAGGGAGGCGUGGAAUAAGAAAACGGCAUCAGAUGCGACGGAAGCGAAGGGGGAUGGUGGAAAGUCGAAGAAGGCAAAGUCUAACCCCAAGACGAAGAAGGACGUAUGCAGUGAAAGUCAAAAUGUGGGGGAUACCAGCGAGGUUUUAAUGGAUGUCCCGUGUCAUCACUUCAUCAAGAAGAGCUUGAAGUUUGCAUUAAAGGCAGUUGGUGUGGAAACCGCAGAAGAACGCGCUGUUGCAUUAAAGGGGUGUGUGAUGCCGAUGCAUCGUAACGCCGCGCUCGCAAUGUUGGAUACGUACGCACAUAAGUCUCUCCUUCGACGAAUUACCUCCAUGUUCCUGGCGCAUGAUAAGUUUCAGUCUGGUGAGGUGUCUGUGGAUGUGGCACUGGAAUUACUGGGUCGUUGCGGUAUCGCCCAUCAACAUGUGGAGAAUAUUACAUUGAGUGUAUGUAUAUUUUCCCCGAAAGGGCACACUCCCUUGUUAUGCGUUAUUCAACAGAUGCCACUCCCUGGUCCACCCAAUGCCACUGUUGAAGGUGAGGAACCAUUACCGCUUCAGACACAAAUAAGUGAGGAGCGGGUAAAUGUAUGCAGCAGUGCAUUUCGUACUGGUGGCACAAAAUUGUACUGGGAUGAUCGAAACAGUUCUAUCUACGUGGGAAAUCGAAAGGUCAUCCAAAAGAUUACAUCGCCUGAUCUUGCCAAGAGUAUUAUGGUCCAGCUUGAGGCACUCAUUCAUGUUUGUUUUGUUGUCGAGGCGUGCAUUGUGGAGGAUCAGUCGUCGUCCGCGGUCCUGUACAACCCGUUACUUGCAGCACUCCUACCCGCCACGUCCGGGGCUGGCCCAGGGGCGAAGUCAAUUUUGAUGGAAAAUGCAUUGGUGUCGGUGAUGAACCCCGUGAAGCACCUGCAGCGAUUGUCCGCGCACCGACGCCUGCAGGAACAAUAUUUGACGAACGGUGACGAGGCGAUUUUGUGCGAUACUCUUCCUGAACGCCAGAGGGAUGUUGGUGGAACAGUGAUGGAGAAGCUGCGUCGGCGUGUUGAUUGGGCGCCCCGUCCUGCCUCUGAUGGAGUUGGUUUUGAAGAGACGGCGCCGAUGAAUUCCAACGACGUGUACUACGAAGUUGGCCUUAAAAAACUGCGAUUGAGUGCGCCGACGCCUGAAGGGGCACGUUGCUACUGUCUUGUGAGUGCAAGGAAAACAUUGGGGGGUACGUGGAUGCCAGCUGUCGACGUUCCCGUUGCCUCAAUAAAGAGAUCCAAAAAGGGUGGGUUUAAGUGGACCUUCGCCUGCGAUACAAAUGAGCGUGUCUUGUUUGCAGGUAACGUGGCUGAUACAAUUUGCAUUGAGGCCUGUUACGACGUGGAGGAGGGCGAUGGUGAGACGGCUACGUGGUGUGCAGGUCACGUCUUGGUGGCAUGCAGUAAUGCAAAAAGUGGCAAACUGUCUGUUGUUGGCGGUAGUCUUCUCUCUGACGUUACCCCACCCGCUCCGUCGCCAAAAUUCGUGCAUCCCUCGAAGGGUUCGUGGUGUUUUUGGAAAAAGAAGAAAACUGCGACACCUGCCACAUCCAUUUUGAUUGUAGUGAAUGGAGUACAGCCGAAGUCGCUCCCGGUGCGUGCCAGCUUGCCACCAAGCUUUCUCAUGUUUCGACGACACGUAUCGCUCAUGUCGCAGCUGCGGGAUGCCAUGCUGAGCGUUGGCGGAUCUCGAAUGACCCCGUUGCAGGUACUCCGCCAGCAACAAGUCCAAAACUGUCUCACGGUUAUGGUAAGCCCGACGCUCAUGGAUCUGAUGCAGGUGCUAUGGGACCGGAAAUUGAAGGGGAAAAUGGGGGCGAAGCCAAAAGAUUUAUCGCAACGGCAAAGGGCGUUACUGUCUCUCGCCAGCACGAUUAUUUCCGUCCAUAACAGCACUGCUGGUGAUUCAGACGGUAUUGUGAGCAUUGUCGGACGCGGCACGGCUAUCGCGGCCCCAAUAAACCCGCUGGCACCUCAGUGUCCCGUGGAGGUUUGA